UCUGGAAGUGUGUGUAUGUGUGCAUGAAUUACAUCUGGUUGAUCUGGCGCAGCUGUGUGCGCCGCAGCCGACGCAAAGUGGCGCGCCAGACAGCGCAGCCGCAGCAGAACAGGCGCGGACAGACAUAGCAGCAGCCAUGGCAGACGAAAAACCCAAGGAGGGAGUGAAGACGGAGAAUAAUGAGCACAUCAACCUGAAGGUGGCAGGGCAGGAUGGCUCAGUGGUGCAAUUCAAGAUCAAAAGGCACACUCCUCUCAGCAAACUGAUGAAAGCUUAUUGUGAACGGCAGGGGCUGACAAUGAGGCAAAUACGAUUUCGAUUUGAUGGUCAGCCCAUCAAUGAAACAGACACACCCUCGCAGCUAGAAAUGGAGGAUGAAGAUACAAUCGAUGUGUUCCAACAGCAAACUGGAGGCUCCUCCCUUUAAAGACUGUUUCCUACGAAUUCCCUACCUCCCCUUUUCAUCCCUCAACAUGCCCAGACUUCAAAUACUCAUGACGAGUGUUGAUAUCAUCCAGUGGGAUACUUUUACAAAAAUGCUCAAAAGCAGCAGCACAGUUGGUAUACCCAGAUUUAAUCCUGCUGUCAUACGUAUUUAUACGUGUAUUACCAUGUCUGAACUGUGCAGUGUAGACAACCUGUGAGCUGCAGGGAGUCUAAAGUUCUGAAGAAAAGCUUGUCAUCAUUUUUUGUUCUUUUUUUUUUUCUUUUGGAGGUUUUAGUAGAAAACUCCAUGGUCCUUUUUUCUUUUUAUACUUAUGUUAUUGAGGUUUUGGUUCAGAAAGAAUUUUGUUAUUGUUGUCAAGUAAGCCUGCAUUUUAAAUUCACAUUUGUUGUUAUGAAAAUGUAUUAUUGGAAUAAAUUGAGUCUUUUUU